CGCGGAACUUAAAACGGUGGAGUUUUUUGCUAGCACUACUGAUAUGUGGUCAAGCCGCACAGCUGAGCCGUACCAGAGUCUUACAGUCCAUUUUAUUGAUGAAGAUUUCAACCUCCGAGCUCGCUGCCUACAAACUACCUACUUCCCAGACGAUCACACAGGGGAAAAUAUUGCAGCCGGCCUGAGAGAAGGGCUUGUCAGCUGGGAUCUCCACGAGGAGAAUCACGUCUGCAUCACGACGGACAACGCGUCGAAUAUGGUGCUUGCUGCGCGGCUUAAUGAAUGGACGAGGCUCCAAUGUUUUGGCCACAGAUUACAUCUUGCCAUUGAAAAUGCACUCAAAGAUGACAGAGUGUCAAGGGCAACAGCACUGUGCAGGAAGCUGGUGGGGCACUUUUCCCACAGUUGGAAGAAGAAAGCAGCCCUGACGGAGGCACAGAGAGAGCUCAAACUCCCUGAGCACAACCUCAUAACGGAGUGCCCAACAAGAUGGGGUUCUAAAGAAAUGAUGAUUGCCAGAGUGCUUGAACAGGCCAAAGCCAUUUCUCAGGUAUUGUCUGGAGAUCGAUAUGCACGCUCCCUUAUCCCAACCUGGCAGGAUAUUGACGUGUUGGAGUCGAUUCACAAGGCACUGCAUCCUCUACUGGAGUUUACUGAUGCUCUUUCUGGAGAGGAGUAUGUAAGCAUCUCCUACCUCAAGCCAGUUCUCCACCUUUUGCCACAUCAGUCCUGGCUGAAGAUGCUGAGGACACUGACCUGA